AUGUCUCCCAAGUUACUUAAGAUCGCAGUUAUCCCCGGUGAUGGGAUUGGUCUUGAAGUAAUGCCCUAUGGGGUGCGAUGCCUCGAGGCAGCCGCCAAAGUCUUUGGCUUGUCGUUGGAGUUUGAGCACUUCGACUUCGCGAGCUGUGACUAUUACGAGAAACACGGCGACAUGCUACCCUCGGAUUGGAAGGAAACGCUUUUGAAGUUUGACGCCAUCUACUUCGGCGCGGUGGGAAUGCCAGACCAGGUCCCCGACCACGUCUCGUUGUGGGGUAGUCUACUCAAAUUCCGACGGGAGUUCGAUCAGUACAUUAACUUGCGGCCAUGCCGCCUCAUGCCUGGCGUCAAGAGUCCACUGGCCAACAAGAAACCAGGUGACAUCGACUUCUGGGUGGUCCGAGAGAAUACCGAGGGCGAGUAUAGCAGUAUCGGUGGCAAGAUCUUCGAAGGCACUGAUAGAGAGACCGUCGUCCAGGAAACGGUGAUGACCCGGGUCGGCGUUGACAGAGUGCUGCGAUAUGCAUUCAAUCUGGCUCAAAGCCGACCAAAGAAGAAGCUAACCAGCGCAACGAAAAGCAAUGGGAUUAGCAUCACGAUGCCAUACUGGGACUCAAGAGUGAAGGAGAUGUCUUCAAGCUACUCCGAUGUUAGCGUUGAGAAGUAUCAUAUUGAUAUCCUGACAGCGCACUUUGUACAACGGCCAGAGAUAUUCGACGUCGUCGUUGGCAGUAACCUGUUUGGCGACAUCAUGUCUGACUUGGGGCCCGCCUGCACCGGCACCAUUGGCAUUGCCCCGUCAGGAAACCUAAAUCCAGAGGGGAAAUUUCCCAGUUUAUUUGAGCCUGUGCACGGCAGUGCUCCAGAUAUUUUUGGCAAGGGAAUUGCUAACCCUAUUGGGAUGAUCUGGGCAGGCCAAAUGAUGCUGGAACAUUUUGGCUUUUCGGAAGCUGCGGCGGCAGUGUUGAAAUCCAUUGAGAUUGUAUUGGGCCGCUCGGACCUUGAAGUCAUGACAGCGGAUAUGGGCGGGAAAGGCAACACACAGACCCUGGGCGAGGCGGUAGAGAAGGAGAUUUUAGCCUUCAAGAAAUGA